AUGUCUUCCCUACCCGGGGUGAUUUUACACUCAGUGUUGUGUGCGGACUACAACCCGCAACGUCCUCUGAUUGCUGAAAAUCGACCAAAUAUCGCGAUUCCUUCUUUGUAUCUGGAGAACACGAUCGGCGUGCUCCGCAAUAGGGGGGCAUAUACCCACAAGGCGUGGGAAGCGUGCCAGCUAAAGCUGGAGGAACUUGACGAUCAGGAGGCCGAGGUGAAUGUGUUCGCUGUUCUCGACGCGGCAGAGGACGCGUACAACGAGGUGAUCCUGGAUCUGAAGGACUUCUCGCACCUUCAAAGCGAUGCGGAAGAAGACCCUAGUGUUCUCCUUCGACCGGUAGCAGACGUGCUGGGUUAG